AGAAGGAUUUUCCUGGAGAGAGACUCACCUGGAAUCGACAUCCCACCAGGCAGUGGGGAGAGGCAGAACAAUGAGGAUUUUCCCCAUUCUGGGUUGGAUGCUUUUCCCAGGCUGCUGGGCGGUGACGGGCCCCGGGGCAGUGCGCGGCCCCGCGGGCGGGUCGGUGGCGGUGCGGUGCCGGUACUGGGCGGGCUAUGAGCAUUAUCAGAAGUUCUGGUGCCGGGCAGGAGGUUGGUUCUGUUCCAACGGUGUCAUAGUUGAGACCGACGGGUCGGAGGCGGAGGUGACGCGGGGCAGAGUCUCCAUCCGAGACGAUCACACCCAGCGCGCGUUCACCGUGACCGUGGAGAACCUGACACCGGCAGACGCCGGCACGUACCUCUGCGGGGUAGACAGGACUGGACCUUCUGAUCUCAGGGCCACUGUGGAACUCACCGUCUCCCCAGCUAAUUCUUCCCCACCCCCAACAGAAAGGUCAUCAUCAACUUCCUCUUCUCCCUCAAAACCUACUUUCAUCUGGACAACUGCUGUGAAAUGGAAAUCCAGCUUCUCCAGUAACCAAGACACCACUUCCCCUGUAUCCCAGCUCAGCAACGUCCAUUUCUUGCUCCUGUUCCUCUGGAAAGUCCCCAUCUUUCUGUGCAUCAUCUGGGUGAACAUACGGUAUAGGAAGAACUCCAGGGAGAUGCCAGACAAACAUGCUCCUUCCUAGUUUAGGAUGGCUCAGAAGCAGAAGAAGAAAGAUUGAGCUCCCAGCUCUGUGCACAGCACCUUCUCCCACCUAGAGCCCACAUGGAUCUGUGUAAAUGAAACCCUGUAACACUCAGCCCUGCUGAAGGGUUCAGUGGAUCCAGCGCUUACUCCAGAGUGAGGAGAAAGGAGGGGAUGAGCCCCCAGGGGCACAGUUCCCCAUCAUGAACAUAGAGGAAACAUAAGGUGUCAGAGCCUGAGUAGCUGGAAGGAGAGACUCAUCCCCUUCCCGCAGUUUGAGUUUGGCUCUUUGCAGCUGGAUUGCACUUUCUACAGCUCCUUUUCCAUCAUUCAUCUUCACCCCUCCAGUCUCUUCUACAGCAAGCUCCUGGGAACGACUCAAACACAAUCUCGUCUCUCAGACAUGCACACAGAGAGGUUAGCAUCAGAUUGUAUCUCGAAAGCAGGCAUCUCACUUACUGCUAACCUGUAACACACGCACCAAUGAAUUGUGUCUUGCAAUAAAGCUUCUUCCUCGUGUUCUGCAGA